AACACCGACUCUAGCGAGCAGCAAUUACAUAUCGGGUCCAUAAAUACAAGGGGUGCAGCCAAAAGAUAAAAUCCGAACCCAAUGAAACCCUAAAAUUUUCGAAAUCAACCACGAUCCCCAAUUUCAGAUAUUAUUAUACCUAUAAUAAUAAUAAUCGUCUCAAGUAUUUACAACUAUCCUUAAUCUAUUUUAUGUUUCGAUAUAUCUAGGUUUUAUAUAUAAAUUUUUGCCCUAAUUUGUUCUAUGCUCUGCGGUUCAAUCAGUAAUUCGAUAUAAAGUUAAUCUAAUAUUUAGGUUUUCUGAUUAAAUAGGGAAUCACGAAUUUGAAAGUUUUAUCGAUCUAAUUGAUUUUGUUUCACGUUUGUAUAAACAUAUACUUUUUACGUAUACGGAAUUGAAGUUAUAUCGAUCUAAUUGAAAUUUUAGGAUGGCUGCUUUGAAGGAGAUAUUGCCACCUGCGAAAUCGUCCGCGACUACUUUCUACGAUCAUUCGAGUGAUCCAUGGUUUAAGCAGAGAUACAGUGCACCGAAGGAGGAGGAAGAAGCUGCUGCGGUUGUGAAAAGUAGCAAGUCUCCGUUGUAUAACACUGCAGAACGGUUGAAAUACCGGCCGUCGAAAGCAGAACAUUACGGUGACGGUGGGGCGUUUCCCGAGAUUCAUUAUGCGCAGUAUCCUCUUGAUAUGGGUAGGAAGAAGGACACGUCUGGGCCGAAGACGUUGCCUGUUACUGUUGACAGUCAUGGGAAUUUAACGUUUGAUGCUAUUGUGAAACAAAACGAGAAUGCUAAGAAGAUUGUUUAUUCGCAGCGUAGGGAUUUGGUUCCGAAGGUUUUGAAAGAUGAGGAAGAAGAGGAUGAUGAGAAGCAGAAGGAGAUUGAGGAUACCACACAGCAGACGAAAGCGGCUCUUGAGAAGAUUGUGAAUGUGAGGUUGAGUGCUGCGCAGCCGAAGAAUGUGCAGACCCAGUCUCAGGAUUCCAAGUUUAUCAAGUAUAAGCCUUCACAGCAGUCGGCUGCCUUUAAUUCAGGUGCAAACGAGAGGAUUAUUAGGAUGGUGGAGAUGCCUGUUGACCCGUUAGAGCCACCAAAGUUUAAGCAUAAGCGUGUUCCUAAAGCUAAUGGCUCACCUCCUGUUCCGGUUAUGCACUCGCCUCCACGACCUGUGACUGUCAAAGACCAACAAGAUUGGAAGAUCCCUCCUUGCAUUUCUAACUGGAAGAAUCCAAAAGGGUACACGAUUCCUCUUGAUAAACGUCUGGCAGCCGAUGGUAGAGGACUUCAGGAAGUGCAGAUUAAUGAUAAUUUUGCAAAGCUUUCUGAAUCGUUGUAUUUAGCAGAGCAAAAAGCCCGAGAAGCCGUUGCUAUGAGGUCCAAAGUUCAAAAGGAAAUGAUGAUGAAAGAAAAGGAAAAGAAAGAGCUAGAAUUGAGGGCCUUGGCUCAAAAGGCAAGAUUUGAAAGAACGGGUGCCGGGGCGCCUAUUGGUAAUGGUUCCUUCGUACCAUCUGACAAGGAUAUGAUGGAUACCGAUGAGCCUGUUGAACGUGAACAGGAACCCAGGCGUGUGAGGGAUAGGGACCAACCUAGAGAAUCUAAAGAGGAGAGAGAGGAGCGGAAUAAGAGAGAGAAGAUACGUGAAGAGAGACGUAGAGAGAGAGAAAGAGAGAGAAGGUUGGAGGCUAAAGAUGCAGCCAUGGGGAAGAAGAGUAAGCUCACAAGAGACCGUGACCGUGAUGUUAGUGAAAAGGUUGCACUCGGGAUGGCAUCUGCUGGUGCAUCACAUGGAGGUGAAGUGCAGUAUGAUCAACGUUUAUUCAAUCAAGACAAGGGAAUGGACUCGGGCUUUGGAACUGAUGAUCAAUACAACGUAUAUACUAACGGGUUGUUCACUGCACAACCGACUUUAUCUACUUUAUAUAGGCCAAAGAAAGAUGCCGAUGAUGAGAUGUAUGGUGGGGCUGAUGAGCAGCUCGAGAAGAUCAGAAAAACUGACCGGUUUAAACCUGACAAGGGGUUCAGCGGUGCCGGUGAGAAGAGUGGAUUGAGAAGUGGACCAGUUGAGUUUGAGAAGGACGCGGGUGAAGAAGCUGAUCCGUUUGGUUUGGACCAGUUUAUUACAGAGGUUAAGGGAGGGAAGAAACCACUGGAUAAAGUUGGAAGUGGAGGCACUAUGAGAGCAAGUGGCGGGUCAUCUACACGAGAAGGGUAUGAAGGGUCCGGCAGGAGCCGUAUUGGGUUCCAAAAGGGACGCUAGAUUGUGUAGAUCUGUCGCUGCCCUCAGUAUCAGAGUUUGCUGUAUAAGAUGGUGGUUACAGUGAAAUUUCAUGGUGUAUUAUCAAGUACCCCGUCUGAUGGAAUUGGGAAUUGUCCAGCUGAAUUGUGUAUCCUUAGUACCCACCCAAUAUACAAUGAGAAUGGAACAAAAUAAUGAUACAGGGUUUGGCUAUUGAAACAUAUUGUUAUUGCUCGGUUGAUGUUAAUUGCGGGGAUUGUCAUACACCAACAACGCUUAAACAAUUGUAUGAUCAUGUUUCAAUUUGACAUCUGAAUCACACCAAAUGGCAAGCUUUGCUAUGCUUCAGAUCAUUACAUGUUCAUUUAUUAUAUGCACUAUAACACAUAUGACAUAUAUGUAGUAGCUGAUAACAAGUCUGCUACACAUGUUAGGAGUUUAAAUUUAAAUUUUUAUAUUUGAACGGAUUUAUAAUAAAGAAAUAGUGAAGCAUUUUUUAACAAGAGUACAAGGCCUUUGCAAAUGUGAAAUAAAGCAUUAAACAUGCCAUUUCUAAACAAAUCAAUUUUAUAUUAUUUUAAUUUUGAAGGUUAUUUUGGCAAAUUCUUGGUUUUUUGCUCUUAUGAUUUUGGGUAUUGCAAAAUUUUAUGGAGGCGGUAUUUUAAAUCAAUCCACUUUUUCUAAUUUCUGAAUUAUAAGAGUUGUUUCUGACAGGCAUCAAGUGAUUAUCUAGCUAUAAUGACGGUUUGUGUAAUUGAGGGAACUUAGUGAGCCUAUUUUAAGAACUUUCAUGUCACUUGGCAUGUUUAGAUCAGAGGGAAUGCGUCAAAGACAUUUACUCUCGCGACAAUAUUAGAAGUGGAUAGGUUAUCACCUUCAUGAUUUCAGAAUCACCAAUGGAAGGAUACACACUAAAUGUGCCAAGAUGGAUGGUUUGGGCAACAACAAAGGUGUUGGAUAUUGAGUUUAGACAUGCCCAAUUGGAGUACCAACUGAUGUAGUUAAAGAAUUCGUGUUACAUUUAAGGGUUUCAUCAAUGGGAAACUUCAUUGAUCAAUACAUAAAUCGAAUUUUUCAUAGCUACGUAAAGUUUGGCGGCAACCAUUGUACAUAUGAUGUUGCACUGAUGCUCAUAGGCCAUGGGAGAUGGACGAGAUCAAAGCUGGUCCUGGUAUACGUGUUCCCUCAAUGAGGCGUUUGGGAUGUAAGGAGGAAAUCCUAGGAAGAUAGGACGUGAUAAUGAACAAGAAACUGUAAACUCAUUGAUACUGAAGCCCCUUAUUGUCAAUGACAACAACAAUGUCAAAAUAAAGUAUGAUCAAAUAUAGCAAGGCUGGUGAAUUUCCACUAUUGAUGUAUCUGGAUAUUGAAAACUAUGUGUACACUAGAUAUUGAAAACUUUAUACCAUUUAUUAUUGUCAUCAUUUUCACUUUUA